AUGACUGAUUCGGUGGAAAUUGCCUUCACGUGUGACUCAGCUACGAGCUGCACUGCGUUUGAUGUACGAACAAGCACGCGGUUGAUUGCGUACCGCGACGGUGGCAUUCUCGGGCCCAAAACGCUCAACAUAACCAACAACCGGUAUGUGGUGGCCGGCGAAAGCAACAAACCAUUGCUCAGGAUUUGGCGAAUCAACUCUCAGGAGCCUGCUCCCGUGAAAUACAUACUACCGGGCUGUCCGAACUCAUUGGCCGUUUCACCAGACGGUAACUAUUCCGCCGUGGGCAUCAAGCACAAGUUCUUCAUAUACGGUAUGCUCACCGGAGCUAAGAUGGCCACUUUGGCAUAUCAUUACGGGGAGCUUGUGGCGCUGAAGUUUACCGACGACGGGUCGCAUCUGAUUUCCGCUGCCAGUGACUGUCGCAUCGCCGUCUGGAACGUAGCACGCCUUAUCCAAGGAAAAGAGGAGGACGCACGAUUGUACCAGUUCACCGACAGCAUGCUUCCAAUCACGGAUAUUUACGUCGGAAAGGGAGGCAUGAGAGCGUUACUAGGGGCAACCUCACUCGAUCGGUCCUGCACACUUUAUAACCUAGCAUCUGGCACACUACUGCUCAAGCUAGUUUAUCCGAAUCCCUUAUCCGUAUUGACACUCAAUAGCCUGGAAACGGAACUCUUCGUAGGUGAUCGAAAAGGAGCGAUUUACGUUUGUGAUCUUCGCUCACUCCCCCGGCAAACCGAAAUACAUAUCACACCAGAGGCGCUGAGUGUUAACACACUGCACGGCCACCAAAAGAGCGUGACGUGCCUCUCGGUGUCGGUAGACAACGAAACGCUGCUUUCUGGUGGCGACGAUGGACUGGUCGUGCUGUGGCAUAUCCCAACACGCCAGCAGCUUAAAGUACUGCCGCACAAAGGACCCGUCACGAACGCAUUCUUCUUUUCCAACCCACGUCUUAUGUUUGAUCAAUCAUUCACAAAUUCUGUCCCAUUCCCCCCGUUGCUGAAAGACGACAACAGCCUCAAGAAUCAGGGCCGCGAGGAAGUCGUAGUAGAACACAGCGUAGCACAGAGUGCCGGACCUUUGAAAAGUGACCAUUUACCGGUAGUGGGCGAUAUGUCCGAGAAAUUGGAGGCCGUAUCGGAGUGCUCUGCCGUUGAAGACUACCCGAACGAGCUGUUAAAAUUACGAAAAGAGGUAGACCACCUAAAAAAGAUUAACAAGAUGAUGUUUGAUCACAUCGUAGACAAGCUGCAGUUAUUUGAAGAAGAAUAA